GCUAUCACUCUCAUCGAUGCAGUUUUAUCGUGCAUUUGCCCGUCGGGAACAUAUCCCUGCAAUCCUUGCCGUCAGUAUUACCCUUACUAUGGAGGUUAUGGAAACUAUGGAGGUUAUGGAGGAGGUUACUAUCCAGUACCAGCGCCCCCUGUUGGCAUUGCAGGAAUUGAUUCAGCCACAGGCGCAGUAGUAGGAGCAGUUAUUGGCGGACUGGCUGGACUAUUGAGUGGGGCAAAGAAGAAGUGA